AGGAAGUUUUUGCUCCCACUCCCAGCAUAGUAAACACUUCGCUAACCGACAAAACUUUUUCACGCCCCGCUUCACCGUACAUUAUUGCGACCUGAUUGAUUUUCAAGUUCAACAUUCUCUUCCGAUCCUGAAGGUGAACAACAACAAACCACUGCAAACAAGCAAACGUGCAAUUGCAACCCAAUUGCAGCUAAUAUACAAGGCCAAUCAAUAAAAAGCUCCAGUGUAGUACUGGAUUCUCAUCCUGCUUCUACCAAGAAGUUACAUCAUGGCUGCCCUGUUCCCCACCUGCGGCCGGUCUUCCCCCCGGGCGACACGUCGUGUGGGGUUUCUUCCGUCUUGCGCCGCGGUGGGCUCCUUUUCCAAGCUGUUUGUCGUGUUCUUUUCCGGGAACAAUUUUGUGAAAUUCGCAGCCGGGGUCAGGAAGCAGGAGCAGGCGAAUACAGAUUUAGAACACAACAAGAACAUCAAAAUCACGAACAAGAAUCUGAACGCCGAUCAACAUGAUGAGGAGGACGAUGUCGAUGAGAAAAACUACGGUUUUAAUAUUCACCAACACCACAACCAUCGUCCAACCCUCGACAUUUUUGAAGACGAUGAAUCCGCCGACGACGUGUUGCAUCCGCCCGAGGUGUACUUACAGCUGAGUCGCAAAAAUACGGUCGAAUACCUCCGGAACCAGCGGCGGGAAGGCGGACGAGAGCUUGCUCCUGCUGCAGGAUUGCACAACCACAAGCGGCAGGAGCGAGAAGCUGUCCUCGGUGCUACCGAUGAGGCUGCAGGGUCUCGUCCUGGACGUGCGUCCGCCUCCUCUUUCGUGGCCAAGAGGACAAAAAUGCGGGAAAAGCACCAGCUUCCGAGCGGCGCGAGGACCCGGCUGGACCAUUACCCUCUACCGGGCAGCAAGUACCAGCCUAAAGCUUGGCUCGUGGAGGCCGCCGGGGGAAACCACGACUAUCCCCCGGGCAGCCCGGAACGGGAAGCGCAAGAGGCGGCGAUUCGCGCCGUGAUGUCCGGCCACAAUCUACCGGAGCAUCUGCGGCACGUAGAUGACGCGCACCGGGCGGCAGUCGCGGCACACUUUGAACACUACGGGCACCAACUGCCGCCGCGCUUACGAAAUGCAAAUAGGUCUGCUUCUGGAAACUUGUAUUGCUGUAGUGACGUAGCAUGUGGAGUCCGCAAGUAGUGGCUCAGCAUGACAAGUUUCGGAGCUUCUAAGUGUUGCCUCUUCUGCAUGGCAAACUGCGUUUCUGCAUCACAGAAAAACAGGGCUCAAAGGUAACGCGCAUGACAGACUUACGAGUGUUGCGAGCCUAGCAUGACACAUCCAGACCCAGACAUAUUUGCAAUGGAUAGCCUUCCCACUACUACAACGAGGCGACAACUCCUUCGGACGAACGCCAACAACUUGCCGGGGCGGGAGCGCAAGUCGGCGGACAAGCGGGCGCAGCACGACAAGUGGGAGCUGCUGCCCAAGCGGGCGCACGACAACCGGCAGCUGCCCACGCUGGAGCUCCAAUGGCCGCAGUUCCGGCGCAACUACCCUUUGUUGGAGGUGGCAGGUUGAGCGGAGACUCCGGUGUUAAUGCGUUCGCGGGAGGAGGACCCGCUGUUGGCGCCGUGGGGACGGGGAGUUAUCCUCCGGGGGGAGGAGGAGGAGGGUACCGUGCGACCGCCGCGGAGCCUUAUUCUGCGGCAGGCGGGGGCAGCGCACCGGCGUUUAUUUCUUCGGCGGGAUCAUAUCCGCCCGCUGCUGCUGCUACGCCAUUUUACCCGGCCGCAGCUGCGUCGUACUCUUCAAGUGCGGCGGCUCCGACGUAUCCUGCCAUCGGCGAACCGGCUUUCGGUGGUGCUGCCACUGCCCCCUUUGUUCUCCCCCAAGAAGAGCCCUUCUAUGACGGCGGAGAGCGUCGUUUUCCCGGUUCUCUUGCGGACCCAGCACAGAGCCUGUACUCGCCACUCGGACAGCCGCAGCAGCCUUCGGGAGAACAAAGCGGAGGAACUGCAAUGCUUCCCGUUGCGGGGCCGUUUACUCUGGACAGCUUGCACGACUACCGUGAAGCGGCAUUGCAACCGGGGCUGGCGCAGCCGGGGCCAUCGGGUCUACCGCCAGCGGGCUUGCUGGAUCCACGAGGCCAAGCCGCCAUGGCAGCAAGUGACGGCGAAUCUCUUGGGAGCUCCGUUCCUCCAACACCCGUUUCAACACAGCUGAGCGCCGGCGCGUCCUCUUUUGGGGGAGGUUCUUUGCAAGGCGGGAUGGGAACUGGCGGAGGUGGGGGAGGACUGCUGCAGCCUCCCGGUGCGUCGCCAUUCGAGCCAGUGCAUCCCGGUGCGUUGGGGGGAGGGAGCCGGACCCCUUCUGUUCUUUCUGGUGUUCUUUCUGAUCAUCUCGGUUCGGCGAGCGAUGUUGGGCCAGCAGACUCGAGGCAGCAUCCGCUUUCGCGAGAACAAGUAGACGGAGGACCUUCGGCUCUUCCCGCUGCGGACCCGUUUGCUGCAUCUAUUCCGAACAACUUACACCAGUACCCUGGCAUGAAAUUCGAACCGGGUCUCGCACCGACCGAUGCGUUGAACCCCCAACAAGCGGGCGUCCUGGAUUCACAACGACCUGCCGUGGCAGCAAGUGACGGCGAUCCGCAUAACGCGCGGUCGCAGUUUGAACCUUUUGCGGACCCCCUUCGUCCACUAAGUCUAGCAGCGCCGACCGAUGCAACUUCUCUUGGAGGUGCUGUUCCGCAAGUCGGAAUUGGAGGCGGAGGCGCGGGAGAAAUGCAAGGGGCCCGCGACCCUUUCCAGACAGUACGUCCGCCCCGCACUUUAUUUAGUGGCGGGGGUGGGGGAUUUGGCGUUGGAGGUGGCCUUGAUGUACCGCCGGAACCUGCUGCGGCACCUUUUGCACCGACGGAGCUACACCCCGCGGCCGGGGAUGCGAGGACUGCAGGUGCAGAGGCGGCAGGUACCGCGACAGGACGCGCUUCCGCGUCACCACCUUCUGGUUCUAUUAUUGCAGGUCCCAGUUCCUCGGACAUGGGAGGGGGGCCCGCGGACGAAGCACCACGGCAACGACCGGGGCUGGCGCAGCAGUCUGAUCUACAGGCACCGGGCUUGCUGGGUCCACGGGGUCAACCCGCCAUUUGGGCCCACGACAUUCCGCUUGGACCUUUUGCGGACUCCCCUCUGCUUCCAACCGUUGCAGCGCCAAGCGCUGCCACCUUUGUCGGACGUCCUGUUCCGCAAGUCGGACUUGUUGGUGGAGACGCGGGAAGCAUGGGGCGACCCACUGACGAGGACCGCUUGCGGACAACACGCCUCGACACCAUUCCGGAGGAGAGCGAUUCUGAUUCUGACCACGCUUCUGGUGUUUCUAAAUCCGGUUCGGCGAGUGUUCCGGGAUCAGCAGGGCGCUCUACCUUGAGCAGCGAUGCGGGAACUGUGUCUGGUGGUGGGGGCCAGGCGGGUUUGGGAGGGUUUGACGAUGGAGGAGAUCUUUUUCUGGGACCGCCGGACCCUUCUGCAUCGGCUCAACCUCCAGCACAUUCUGGGGCCGGCGAUGCGAUGGCUGCGGGUGCAGGAUCUGCAAGUACCGCUGCAAGAGGCACCGCGUCGUCACUUUCUCGCCCUGCCGCCAGUUACGCGGGAGGGGGAGUGGGAGAAAGGACGCCGGUGGUGCCGGCGGGGCCUGAUACGGCACCUGUUGCAUCGGCUGCGGAUGCAGGGUCUGCACAGGCCGCUGCGGGAAGCGCCGCGUCGUCACUUUCUCGCCCUCCCGCCAGUUACGCGGGAGGGGGAGUGGGAGAAAGGACGCCGGUGAUGCCGGCGGGCCCGGGUGCGGGACCCAGGGGAGGUGGAGGAGGUUCUAUCCUGUGUAAAAACGUGCCCACCCCAGAGUUCUCAUGCAAAUCUGCAUGCCAAAAAAGUUUCUCAUGCGGAGCCCCAUGAGAAGCACUUAUUUCUAGUCGUGUUUUGAAAUUUGUGAUGUAGUCAGCAUGAUAUGCUGGAUCUGUGAUGCUUCUGAACUACCUCAACAGGAUUACACUACGAGGACAAACUUGUCAUGCGAAACAACCAAAGCUGGCUAAUUUGUCUAGCAGAUUUCCCAUCUUGACUCUGGCAUGGGGAUGUUUUUACUCAGGAUAGGUUCCGGUCAGCGACCGCUCGCGCCACAGGUCGAAGCAGUCUCAGCUCCUGUAAUCGAGCUUUUUCCGACUUCCUUGUUACCGCAGCACAGGCAGCCGGGAAGUGGUAGUGACUUUGGUGAAGGUGGACGAAUUGGCGAUGUUGGAGGUGGCGUUGGACCCUUCAUGCCAGAUAGCGACGACGACCUUGGACCAUCUUUGGCGAGUAUGGCAUCCGCGGCAGGUGGAGGUGUUCCCGGUCAGGCAGAACCCGCGACCCCGGCGACUUCUCUCGCGAGUGCAGGACCUGGAGCGGGAAGCGUUCUACCACCUGGCACCGAUUCGGCUUCUCAGCUUCAACCGCAGCAGGGAGGUCGACCUGCCGCCGCAGGCUCGUUGGUCGACCUGCCGCCGCAGGCUUCCGUUGCAAGAAGGCCGCAACCGGCGAUGGUUGCGAGCUUGGACGGCGCUGGCGGUCCUGCAGGAGCAGGCGGAGCAGCUGGUGCGGCGGGUGCAGUAGCCACGGCUCCGGGUCUCCUACUGGCCCAACAAGAUUCGCCGGUACUGCCGCCGCAGGCUUCGGCAGCCUCAGUAACAGCAGGCGGCGCUGGAGCAGGCUCGCCACCGCAGUCGGGUCCCCCACCUCCCGCAGAUGGUCCAUUGGAGCCUCCUGCCCCCAGCCGAAAACAAGACCCAUUGAUAGAAGAAGUGCCUAAUUUUGAUGACUUGGCCGCAGAGUUACUCGGCGCCCAACCACCACAAGUUCCCUUAUCGCUGUGAAAACAGAUCCACCACCACCCAUGGCAAGCUUUUUCGUCGGACUUUGACCACUGAAUGCAAUAAUUUGGCAACUCAGUUGCCGGCGCGGAAAAAAAAGCACUUACAUUUGCAAAACGUGUGUCGGAGUCACGAAACUGAAAGUUUAUCAAGCGCAUAUUUGAACUACAAACUCUGGCGAGGUACGCGAUUUAGAUGAAGUUGUUUUAUUGCAUGGAAAAAAAGUUGGUUCUCGGACGAGACGUCGAGUAGGGUGGAAAGCCACGGGUUCAGCUUCUGGCGAACUCAGCUGCGGUGGUUGGGGUAGGUGGGUUUGUUCCAGCUUGAUAGGCUCCGGCCACAUCGGAGAGACAGCGACCGAACGUUGGAGGGGCGCCAGUGGCGGGACCAGCGGUGGAAUAUCGACCAGGUGGGUACAAUAAUCCUGGACCGCCGGUACCUUUCUCUGCCUACCGUGUACCAACAGACACAUUUCAGCGUAUCAUGGGAGAAAAAUGCGUGCUGUGGUCGAGUCCGCUUCACCGUAGAAAGCUAAGUACUUUUUUGUUCCUGCAUGAUUCAUCUCCGGGAAAAAUCUGUAUUAUGACGAGGAGUUCAUGUGCGAAAUGCAAAGAACGGCAACGGUCGAGGGCAUGGCACUACAUUGGGCAUGAAUCGACUCGAGAGACGAUGUAGAGACGCGCCAGCGCCACUGGGUGUACUUGGCUGGGAUGUUUAGUUCUUUCAAUGCUUGUCCUCACGGAUCUAUAAUUCGACCACUAAGAUGGUUUCGACUACACGACGAUGAGCGGAACAAGCGAGUCCACAUCCCUCGUCGGAUAGGGCCGGCGUAUCGCUCUUUCUUCUUGUAUGGAGCGUGUGGAGACGGCGCGCAGUGUUCCUUCCUUGCAUAUGAUCUGGUGCUGGUGGUGAUCCCGCUGCGGCGGCUCAAGGAGAGGGAGCUCAAGCAGCGGCAGCUCAAGCAGCGGCAGCUCAAGCAGCGGCAGCUCAAGCAGCGGCAGCUGAAGCAGCGGGAGCUCAAGCAGGAAGAGAAGCGGCGCCGGCCGCAGCAGGACCGCCUGCGCUUUCGCCGCCAGUUGCGAAGGGGUACCCGGCGGUAUUGGGCGGUCCCGGUCUUAAUCUUGGCACAACGCGCCCGAAGCCUCCACCAGCCCAAAGUCACAGUGGACCUCCAACACGCACACUUUUCGGUAUCAUGGGAGAAAAAUGCGUGCUGUGGUCGUCUCCGCUUCACUGUAGAAAACAACUUUUUUGUUUAUGACCUGCUCAAACUUUACAAUCUCCAUCGUUAGGAUAGAGGCUGGAUUUUGUGCUAUUGCAUGAUGAGCAUGACAGACUCGCAGAGCGUUCCACUUUCUGCAAUACAUAUUUCGCCUGAUAAGUAAUUGGAGUGCGGUUUCGCAUUCCAGAACUUGUCAUGCGAAACCUGUGGUACUACGGUUGAUCAUGUACUUCUUGCAUGACAGAUUUCACGAUGAGCGGAAAGAGCGAGUCCACAUCCCUCGUCGGAUAGGGCCGGCGUCUCGGUCUUUCUUCUUGUAUGGAGCGUGUGGAGACGGCGCGCAGUUUUCCUUCCUUGCAUAUGAAAUGAUGCUGGUGGUGUUCCCCUUGCCGCGGCUCAACCAGCGGCAGCUCAACCAGCGGCAGAUCAAGCAGGAGGACCGCUUGCGCUUCCGCCGCCACCAAGACCACGGGACUCCGCGUUGGCGCCGUUUACGCCGAGAAGAUACUUCUUACCCACUUUGAGCACCUGUGGCACGGCUGAUACAGAACGUGUUUACUUCAUAUUUAGCUGCAUUCUGCAUCUGCACGGAGCAGCAAAUGCAUCAAGCGCCACUGGGAGAAGACCCGUUGCAGAUUGGCAAAAAGGCCCUAUGUAUGUGAAUGGUGAUUCGGGUGUUCUUUGCCGAAAACUGAACACACGCGCCCACUCGUGAAUCGAUUUUGUAUGACAGAGCUUGGUCUAUUUCUAUGCGCAUCAACUAGAGGGAGACAAAGAUGCAUUUAGGAGAUUCGGGAUCUGCACUCAUGAUGGCACUGUAGUUCAGGCAUUUUUUCUGCAGCCCGCACCGCGCCUGCGAUCAUGGUUUAAAGCAGCGAGCCGGCCACUUGGCGCCUUUUGGGGGUUUUUGGCGCUGUCAUAGACCUUCCGCUCGUGGUUCCGGAGGGCCAAGGGACUUUAGUGCAUGAAUCUUUUCUGGAGAUCAUUCCGGCUGCGGACCAGGGCCGCUUCACCGAGAACAGGUUAUAUGUAACUGAACCGCACGAUCCUAGCAGCCGCAACAAGAAGAUCAAUCCGAAACAAUUUUACGAAGAGUGGGAGGCGCUUUACAAGCACAACGCGUUGACAGUAUCGCAGAUGAAGUCCGCCCUUCCAUCCCCCUUUUCCAAAAAGUUCAGGUCGGCAACUGACCGCGCCGGGGAAUCCACCGAGGGCACUAUUUAGAUCACGUUUUUUGCCGUGCUUAUAUAUUCUUUGGCGCUGUAGCCGCUCGUCUGAUGCUCGGCUCGACUGUUCGAGCCGGCUGCGGGUGUUUUUUGGAUGAGCCGCGCAUUAAGUGUCUUCCGGCAGAAGGAAGGAGCGCAGCUCGACUUUGCAUUGGAAGGACAAACAGGGGUCUGGGGGGCGGAUUUCAUCUUGAGAAGAGUACCCUGCAAUUCGCCCUCCCGCAAUGCGGGAUAUCGAGAGGCAGGCCAAUGGGGAGAGCGUAUCGAAGCGACUGCUACUCCUGCUCACCGCAUAUUAAUACAGCUUGCCGCUCCGUAGGUUUUUGCGGAGGUGUUGUACGUCGAGCCUCGCGCGAGGCAGAAUUGUGACGUGUUGAUUUUUUCUGAAUGCGCUAUGGAAAUCUAAAUUCUUAUGACCUUGCGUUAAAGGUAAACCAGGGCUGCUUUCUUGUUGUGACAGAGUGCUAUUUGCGACGCUUUUGCUUUCGUUUAGCCAUGUAAGAAACCCUCGUGGCGGCCCCAUCGGCCCGCAACGGGAAACGGGUCUUUGUUUUCUGGCUCCACGACAAAAAGCACACCGUAAUUUGUGCGGGAAGGCAGGCUGUAAUUGCGGGUGGCGCGGUUUUCAAUCUGACACAACGGGGGGAAGGGCCGGGCGGGGAAAUCUCGGCCGGGAAACCCUGAGCGGAUGGCCGUUCUGGUGGGGACGCUUGAGACGCUCGUGGGGGACGGGGGGGAGGCGAGAUACAAGCACUUCAAGGACCUUGCAGCACACAACUUCCAGACCUGGGCGGCACCGCCCCGGUAUAGAAUCGAUCCUACAGGUGAGGUUCAAGUGUUCGUGCAUGGCGCGGAUACGCUUGCCACUGCACUCAAAUUUACAAAGCACCUCGGAAAGAAGUUUGCGGUGCUGAACAUGGCGAACGCGUACAAUGUUGGCGGUGGUGUGAAGCGGGGCCAGGGCGCCCAGGAGGAAACCUUGUACCGCGCGUCAGACGCGCUGCUGCACAUCAAGAAAGACAAGCUAGUUGACGAACCGACCGACACGUUUCCGGGUCUGUCGGAUCUGGACGAGGACGAGGACGACCAUUACGGAGACAUUUCGGAAGAUUUUCGAAAGGGACGACAUUCGCCACAAAUGUUGCACACGAAGUGGGACGGGCACAAGUACGCGCCUUCUUAUUCCAGGAGCAUCAAAGCCGAAUCGGGCGAGGCCUUGCUGUACACGGACGAUCGGAUCUGCUUACGGAACCCAGACGAGCACUACUCGUGGUUGCGCGAGGACGAGGUAUUCCCCUUCCUGGAGCUGAAAGUCGCAGCUGUGAACCUCUUUCAGCGUGUACCGGCUUGGGACAACGGAAUGAACAAAGAACAAUUUGCGGCUAGCUAUCCAAUCGCCUUGCAGCAGAUGACAGCGCGCAUCGACGCGAUCUUUCGUACGCUGACGACCGAGCACAACCACCACAAGGCUGUCAUAUUGGGCGCGCUCGGUUGCGGAGCGUUCGGGAAUCCUCGCCUGGUUGUGGCGCAACUCUUUAAGGAGGCCAUUGACAAGUACAAAGAUGAGCUAAAAGGCUUCGUGAUCGUGUUUGCUAUACUAGGUCGCGACAACCGCAACGCUUUCAAGGCGCUGUUUCCGGACGAGAUGCCCGGGCUCCCGGAUCCCAGCCCAAGUGGGGGGUCCGGCACAUCCGGUUGAUCUGGCGAAUUUGUGAUGGCGGAACCAGCAGGAGGAGCUGCGCGGCGGGUAUGAACAAAGUACUUUUUUGAGAGCACACCACUUGCCAAUCUCUAAUAUAUCACUUUUGUAUGAAGUCCUUUUUUCAUGUGUGUUUUCCCAGACAAGCCACACUCACGCAUGACAGAUUCUCUCUGUCAUGUAGAGCAGAUUUGUGAUGCUUUCAGCCAAAGAAAGUAUACAUGGGAAAUGGAUACACUAACACAGUUUUUUUCCUGGAUACUCGCGGGAAUUUAGGCUUCCUGAGGUCCUCGGGAUUUCUAGUGACGAUACUGAGGAUGAGUGUCGUAGGUCGAAUACAGUUGGUGGUGCACGUGUAGAAAGGGGUGCGCCACUGGUCCCGCAGCAGAAGACUUUUUUUUUCACAAUUACAACAAGAAUAUGAAUAACGAGCUUGAAACACAAUACAAUACCAACUUUUACGUACUUUUUUUUAUCACAUAGUUGCAAGCACUUCAUCAAAUUCGUCUUCGUUUCACGUACAUUAAAGCGUUUUAUUUCCUUGUCAAUGCAGCUGGGUACAUCAAUGUCAGAAAGUUCAAUGAAAUCCGAUUUUUAUUCUAAGUGAAUGUUUUGUCGUGUGAGAAAAAGAAUGUUAGCCUCACCAACAAGAAAUCUACUGUAAAUGCACUUUUGUCCCAAUGUGAGUACAACAAUUCCUAGUAGUAAACGGACUUUCCUCAGAAACCUUUAAGCUUUCGUACUACAACUUUCGAAACAAAAAUGUCUCAGAGUCUUUUGUAGCAUUCAACUUUUCAUCCAAAAGCAGUCGGCUGCACGCCGCGGGGUUUGUCGGCAACGGAAACUUUUAAGAUUUAGUUUUAUCGUUACGCAUACACUCUUUUUUAUGCUUCUCACAGCACUUUUUUUCCUUUCUUUUCAGGCGUAAGUGCAAAGUCAUUCCACCACACGUAUUUUUGUUUGAGCAGAACGUAAAACCUUCAACCGGAAAUCCACGGCUCCACUCGCACAAACAAACAAACGAUACUAAGACCCACUAGUACGGCGCAGAAGAGCUUUAUUUUUGUUAUGCACGCUUUACAUAAAAAUCCCACGUGUGCUGUAUCGAAA